CCCCAGAGUACGGAACGAGAUCGGCGAGGAAGAGAAUCAAUCCACCUGCCUGCCUGCAUAGGGGACGAGAACACACACACACACACACACACACACACGCAUACACACACCGAGAGACGCCACCCGCGAUCGUUUCCAAAGCCAUGAUCCGUGGGGGCUGCCGGAGGGCGUCCUCCCUCGUUUCUAGCKYUCCGUUGCGGUGGAAUUCGGUCCCGGCCGGGGGGCAACUCUUGCUCUGUCGCGCAACGGGCACCGCGGAAGGAAAGACUCGAUGCACCGGAACGAAGCCUGCCUUCCAGAACAGACUCUGCGGUCCAUCCCCCCGGCCGUUCCUCCACGGGAGGCGGUGCUUCGGCACCACAAACGAGAACAACACUCCCGGAAACGCCACGGAACCCCUGGACCCGGAGGCCUUUGCGUCGGACCUCCUCUCCCUGGCCGGGGACAUGGCGGCAGGCCUCUCCGCGGACGGCUACUACACCACCACAAACGUCCUCCCCGAGCCCGUGGUCCGGCGCCUCCGGGAGCAGUCGGCCUCCCUGCGCUUCGAGCACGGGCGCUUCGAGCAGUCCUACUCGGAAACCAUCGAUGGGGCCACCGGCAAGGCGAGGGAGCGCUUCGACAAGGAGGGGGUCUACGCCUGCGAGCCCGACGGGGGGGACUACCAUUCCGCCACCGACCUCGUCACGGGCAUGAGCGUCCUGCUCAAGACGCUCCCGUUGGCCCUCAACGCGCGCUGGGAAGCUUGCGAGGCAAGCCCGAGUCCGUGCGCUCUUCCGUCCCUCUCGAGCGAAACCUUCAACGCCAAGCUGGCCGUGACGGAGGCCGGGAGCCAAGGCUACCCCCUGCACGUGGACAACCCCCAGGGACUUUCGGCCGGGGACACGCGCAAGCUCACCUGCAUCCUCUACCUCAACCCGGACCACGAUACGGGCAGCGACGGCGGGGCCAUCCGCCUSCACCUGGCCCGGUGCGACARCAAAAGCGAGGGCAGCGACAACAGSGAGAGCAAGAGCGAACGCGGGGGCCUCCGGGCCGUCGACCUCCCGCCCUCGGGGGGGCGACUCCUGGCCUUUUGGAGCGACGAGAUCCCCCACGAGGUCCUCCCGACGGCACCCUGCACCGGCGAGACCGAGWCCGACCGACGCGCCMGGGACCGGUACGCCCUGACGAUCUGGAUCCCCACCUCCGACGCUUCCGCCCUGCACARCGUCUCGUCGAGGUUCGGCUUGCUGAGGGACCUGGCCUUUGCGGACAGAGAGGAGUGACGACCGCAAGAAGCGGUUGGCGCCSUGCCUGCCAAAGACCACCGAAAAAGGGCGAGGCUUUGCUCGCGAGGGGACGAAAGGAAGGCGAUGGCUUCCCGUUUCGUUGCUCGAGAAACCGAUCGGAAAUUUUCCCCAAGGUCGGUCGAACCACGACGGCUGAUUGUUCGCAGAGAAAAGCAGACCCAGUCCCGCUUCGCUUUGACAGUCGUUGAGUGUGCAUUGYUGCUACACCUCGAAAGCCAGUGUUGCGUGGCAUGGCAUCGCCAGAAUCCAAGCGAAUCCGCAAUCGCUGUUGCUGCGUGUAGUAUGGUUGUGCUAUACURGAAGCACAAAAACUUGAAUGCUAGAUGUUUGCUGCCUAUACGAAUGGUGAACGCGGAGUGUGUAGUGUUGCUCGGAGAAGCCGAGCAACGGCGGAUGGAACGACGUCGACACAAAAUUGCUAGCAUGCGCAGACCUCUCCUAUGAAAAACACUGACCGCGAAACAGGCAACGCACGGAUAGGAUUAUGUUCAAC